UAAUAUUUACAAAUAAAUAUGAUACUUUGUUGUAAAUUUUGUAGUUGGUAUUACUGAUAUGGAAUUGUAAUGUUGUUUUGAUUAUGGAAAUUGUUGCAAUUCUAAUUCCAAAGUUCCAACGCUUAGCGAUUCAAAUUAAUAAUUAUAUAGAAUGAUGGAAGAAAAUAUUAAGCAAGAAGUUAAACCAGUAAUUGAAGGAAUUUCAAAGGAACCCGAUGAAAAAAAAACAAAUUUGUGUGUAGCUUUAAAAAUUCUAAAGAAAUAUAAUUUAAAUAUAACAGCAGAGACACUGAAAAAAGAAGCUAAUUUAACGGAUGUUGCUUAUAACACUUCUGAACUGGAUGUAAAUAAUGCUCUCAAUGUAUAUAAAUCUCAAGGUGAUCCAUCUGUCUACGAAAACGCGUACUUGACAUUAUCAAAAUUUGUAGAAACUUCCUUAGAUAUUUAUAAACAUGAAUUAGGAUGCGUUUUGUAUCCUGUAUUUGUUCACAUGUAUUUAGAUCUGAUUUGUAAUGGCUAUGAAGCUGAAGCAGUCAAAUUUAUAAAAAAAUUUGGUCCAGGACAAGAAUCAUAUUAUCAAAAUGAUAUAAAGAAUUUAGCAGUUAUUACAAAAAAAGAGGAAUUGAAUGAUAAUACUUUAGUCAGUAAUUACAAGUCUAAUGAAUUUGUUGUCAGAAUGUCUAGAGAUACUUUAUCUCUUUUGAAACGUCAUUUAAAAGAGAAAAAACAAACAGUUCUUUUAGAUAUUGUACAAGAAAAUUUAUUCUUUGAUGUAUAUGAAGGAAUAGCUAGAAAUAAACAACAAAUAGAUGCAGUUGCAGGAGGAAUGAUUGGUGAAGGAACACGACAGGAUAACAAAUCUAGAGUUUACUAUGGUUUAAUGAAAGAACCAGAUUUGCAAAUUACUGCAGCUGCAGUGAAUAUGGAUGAAGAUGAAGAAGACGCACAAGAGAGUGAAAAACCUAAGAAAAAAAAAUCUAAAAGUAAUCCUUUACUAUCUAAAAAAACCAAAAUUGAUCCAAAUGCACCACCUUUAGAUAGAAUGGCUUUACCCCAAUUAAGAGAGAUUGACAAAAAAAUGAAGAUACAGGCUGUUUUAGAUUCUGCUAAAAGGGUUGCUUUAAGCCCUGAAACAUUGCCAUCUAUUUGUUGUUAUACAUUAUUAAAUUGUUCCAAUGCUAUCAAUUGUGCAACAAUCAGUGAUGAUGCUACAAUGUUAGCUGUAGGUUUAGCUAAUAGUAGAAUACGUGUAUGGAGUUUAGUUCCACAGAAAUUGAGGGCAAUGAAGACAGCUGAACAGCUUCAAGAUAUUGACCUUGAAGCAGAUGAUGUAAUGCACAGAAUUUUAGAUGAUAGAUCAGCAGAAAGUAUGCGAACAUUACUUGGUCACUAUGGACCUGUAUAUCAAGUAUCAUUUAGCCCUGAUAAAACUUUAUUGUUAUCAUGUUCAGAAGACUGCACUAUAAGGUUAUGGAGUUUAUUAUUAUGGUCAUGUCUCGUAGCUUAUAAAGGUAGUUAUCAUCCUGUUUGGGAUGUAAGAUUUAGUCCACAUGGUUAUUAUUUUGCAACUGCCAGUAGAGAUCGUACUGCAAGACUAUGGGCAACUGAUAGUUAUCAAUCAUUAAGACUAUUUAGUGGACAUUUUUCUGAUGUUGACUGUUGUCAGUUUCAUCCUAACUCAAAUUAUAUUGCAACUGGUUCAAGUGAUCGAACAGUAAGGUUAUGGGAUUGUGUAACUGGUGAACAGGUACGAUUGAUGACUGGACAUAAAGGAGAAAUACUUACUUUAUGUUUUUCUAAUGAGGGUCGUGUUUUAGCUUCAGCUGGCAACGACUGUAAUGUUCUUUUAUGGGAUAUUGCCCAUGGACACCUUUUAGCAAUGUUAACGGGUCACAAAGAGCCUAUUUAUACAAUAACAUUUAGUAGAGACAGUACUAUUUUAUCUUCAGGAUCUCAUGACUGUAAAAUAAUGCUAUGGGAUUAUUCAAAAAUUUUAGAAGAUCUAUCAUUAGAUGAUAUGAAUGUGCAUAACCCAAAUGUUAUAAAUGAUAGUAAUAAAUAUUUACUAAGAGCAUUUGGUACAAAAAAUUCUCCAGUAGUUCAUUUAUUUUUUUCUAGACGAAAUAUUAUGUUUUGUGUUUGUGCAUUCAAUUCUCAACAUAAUCACCAUUUACCAUUAAAUUCUUAGUUAUUAUAUAUAUUUAUUAAAAACAUUAAAAAAUCGACUUUAUAGUAUUGUUUUGUAUGUUGUAUUUUAUACUUUAUGUACUAUAAUAAUUAUUUAAUAAUGUUGGAAUGAAAUCACUUAUGUAAAUUAUUAAAUUUUUGUAAUAUAUACAAAGUGUAGUGACAAUGCCUAAAAAUAAUAUGUAUGCAGACUAAAAUUGUCUUUAAAUAUUUCUUGCUUUUACUCGUUAGCCUUAACAUAGUGUUAUAUACUAAGCUUACCAUAUUUAUUUUUAUUAUUGAAAAAGUAAGGCUUCUAUCACUACAAUAGGUUAUAUAA